AUGUCAUACCGAGGCAACAAUUUUAAUGCUAAUUUAAACAACCAAGUGCCCUUUGCAACGAAUCCGUAUACUAGUGCUGCAUCAACGGUUCAUGGGAGGAAGUCUGGUGAAUCAGAGUUUUUUCACAGCUUCGAAAAGUUUGCCAAGAAAAUUGAAGACCUUACGGAUCACCCCAUAGUACAAAAGUUUGUCCCGUAUACCCCUGCAAUUGCCCGAUUUUGUAUUGUAGCAACAUUUUAUGAGGAUUCUAUCAGGAUUCUAUCUCAAUGGCCUGAACAGGUAGUGUUUUUGUCUCAUUACAGAGGCUUCCCCCAUUUUUUUGUAGUGGUGUUCCUGAUGUUGGUGGCCGUUCUUAUGAUGGUCGGUGCCACAAUGGUUUUGUUGAAAAAGCAGCAGAUCUACGCUACAGUCAUUCUAUGUACCUGUAUUCUUUCACAGGGGUUUGUUUAUGGAUUGUUCAGAGGUUCCACCUUUAUGCUAAAAAGUUUCAGUGUCAUUGGUGGAUUGCUGAUUUCGUUUGGAGACUCCAUUGUAAAAAAUAGAGUAACUUUCGGUAUGUUACCUGAGUUGACAAGCAAAGAUGGCAGAAAUAAAGGAUAUUUAUUACUCACAGGCAGGGUUUUACUUGUUCUGAUGUUCAUCACUUUUACCUUCAGCAAGAGCUGGUUUACAGUAAUUUUGACAAUUGCUGGAUCUGUUUGCAUUGCGAUCGGUUACAAAACUAAAUUUGCCUCAAUUGUCCUAUGUCUAAUAUUGGCCUUCUAUAACGUUACGUUGAAUAACUAUUGGUUAUACAGUACUGCUAAACGUGAUCUGUUAAAGUACGAGUUCUACCAGAAUCUCAACAUCAUUGGAGGCCUUCUAUUGGUCGUCAACACCGGUGCAGGAAACAUCUCCAUCGACGAGAAGAAGAAAAUCUACUGA